AUGGAUGACGCUAAAAUUGAUACAUACGAAAAAAUUGAAAAUGAAAAAAGUGCACUAAAUGGGGACGAUGUACAUGAAGGUAAUAAGGGUGACUACGAAACAUUAGAUGAAGUUAAACAACAUAACGAAAUUAAAAGUGAAACACAUGUGGACAAUGAGGAAAAGGUUCAUACUGAAAGAGAUAGCAGUGUAACCCAAGAAGACAUAAUUAUUGAGCAAAAUGUAAAAAAUCAAGAUAUUAUUGAGAAAGAAGAAGGUGAGGUUGAGGGUAAGGAAGUAAAAGAUUUAAAAGAAGAUCAGGAAGCUGUACAAGAAGAAGAGGAAGCAUAUGUCGAAGAACCACCACCAGACCCUGCUGCACCUUUAAAUCUUAAAGAUUCAACAGAAGCCCUCAAGCCAAGUUUUGAACUGAGACCUGAUCAGUUAUCUGAGGUUGAACAGCUGUGGGAAUUGUUUCAAGAUUACAAUCCAGCUUAUACCGAUUUGGAUAACUUCAUCACCGAAAAGGAAUUAGUAUAUAUGCUAAAAUCUCUUCUUCUAAUGACGUACACCCCUGAACAAUUACAAGAAUUAAUAGAUUACUGUGUAAGACCUCCUCAUCCCGAAGGCCACAUUAAUUAUGAACAAUUCUUGAAAAUAGUAAUAAUUAGACAAAGAGACUUACCUAUAGAAGAAGAAUUACGAUCAGCUUUGCAAGCACUAGAUCCUGCUAAAAGCGGUGUUAUAGACAGGGAGUUUAUGAAAGAUGUCCUUUCUAAGCAAGGUAAUAAAUUGUCUCCGAAACAUUUAGAUAAUCUUAUAAAAGAAGUAGACAUAAGUAAUGACGGUACUAUUGGCAUUGAAGAUGUAGUUGGAACUAUGUGCAUUGAUUUAAACAAAGACGAUAUUUUGAUGCUAAGGGCAGCAUUAAACCCUGAAUCUCAAGAGAAAAAAGAGGAAGAGUUU